AACAAUUGUGCGUUGGCCUUCAUGAACCAAGUUCGUGAAUCGAUUGUGCGUUAACCCUAAAGAAGAGAACAUCAACAUAGAAAUAAUAAAAAAAAUAAUAUUCACAAAUAAUUAUAUUCAAGAAUAAUAAAUUAAUAACUAUUAGUUUUUAUAUAUACUAGGAAAAAUGGCACAUUAUAAAGGAGCAGCAAGUGAAGCUGGGCGAGCAAUGCAAUUAAUGAAAAAACGUGAGAUUGCACAACAGGAAAUUGAAUAUCGAAAGAAAAAAAUUGAAGAUGAUCUUAAAAUUCAUAAUAUUGAAAAUAAAUUCGCGACACAUUAUAAUGCUGUUGAACAGCAACUUAAGUCAACUACUAUUGGCCUCGUUACUUUGAAUGAGAUGAAAGCUAAACAGGAAAAUAUCGUCAGAGAAAGAGAGAGAAAGCUUGCUCAAAAGGAGAGGGAGAAAGAAAAGGAAAAAGAAGAAGCUCUAGUUGCUAAACAAUUGGAAAAAAGUAAGCAAAAAAAACAAAUUCAAGCUCUAUCAUUCAAUCCUGAUGAUGAUGAUGAUGAUGAUCAUGAUGAAGAUUUUGAAGAUGAUGAAUGUGAACCGAAAAUAAAGAAAAUUAAAAAAAAUCCUGACGUAGAUACAAGUUUUUUACCCGACAGAGAAAGAGAAGAAGAAGAAAACCGAUUAAGAGAAGAAUUAAGACAAGAAUGGGCAACAAAACAACAGGCUCUUAAAGAAGAAGAAAUUGAAAUUAUUUUUAGUUAUUGGGAUGGCUCUGGGCAUAGACGCAGUGUUACAAUGAAAAAAGGAAAUUCCAUUUACCAACUACUACAGAGAUGUUUAGAAGUUCUGAAAAAAGAAUUUAGCGAAUUGAAGACAAUAAUGGCUGAUCAAUUAAUGUAUGUAAAAGAAGAUUUGAUUCUUCCACAUCAUUAUACUUUCUACGAUUUUAUAGUUGCAAAAGCUAGAGGCAAAAGUGGACCUUUAUUUACCUUUGAUGUACAUGAUGAUGUUCGAGUAUUACAUGAUGCUUCAAUUGAAACAGAAGAAUCACAUGCUGGAAAAGUCUUAUUACGAUCUUGGUAUGAGAGAAACAAGCAUAUAUUUCCUGCAAGCAGAUGGGAACCUUUUGAUCCAACUAAAACCUACGAUAAAUAUACUGUAUCUGAUAAAAGUAAAAAGAAAGAAAAGAUGUAACAGCAAGUGUAUUCAAAAAUUAAAAUGCAAUGUAAUAAAUACCUUACUUUUAAAUACUUUUAUUAAAUAUUAAAA